AUGGUUGGAAACACUAGACCAAAUGGCGAUUUUAAUGUGCUACGCAUAUUAUACAACCUUCACAAACCUACGAACAAUGAUGUAGAUUACAUAGACGUACACGAGGAAAUGAAUGGUGGGGAGGUACUCGUACGCGGAUUAUUCCGCAUGCAAGCUAAUGAAGAGAUAGUUUUCAGGCAGCGCUCGAAUAAUGGAAAUAGAGUUGGAAGUCUUAAAGUAUUUGAUGAUGAUGUAAAUGCGACUAGUUAUAGAUUAGGUAACUUUAGGCAGAACGCUGUGUACAUAAUUCGCAGCGUGUAUGGAAGCUAUGAUGAGCCAAUUACUUUAUUUCUAUAUGCAAAAAGUGUCAGUGGGAUUAUUUGUAAGAUUAAUCAAAAUAGAGGCGUCUAUGAUAGAUGGAUUGGUCAUCCUUAUGAUAUCACAAUAGCAAACAUAGAGCGUAUGAUUAACGUUGACGAUGUAAGAUUGAGAGCUAGACGAAGAGGUUUAGCCCUCGGAAAUGUCGCUAGAGAUAUAAAAUGUGUUGGAGAUCGGUUCCUAGCAUGCCUGGAACAACGUUUCGCGAGAGGUUUACGGGGUUUGAACUUGAGAUUAACAUUGGAGCUAUUCGUCCAACUCACCGUUGAGGAGGAGGACGUGGCUUUCAAUGAUAUGAUAGUUGCAGCUGAGAGCUGGAUUGUUCUCGGUACAUGUGACUCCUGUUUAAGAAGACUGCUUGGGGUUAGAAACAAUGAUGGAUAUACGCGUGCGCCCUCGCCUUUCUCUUAUUGGGAAAACAGAGGAAUACGCUCUGUGAGUGUCGAAGAAAAUAGAUUCUAUUGGGUCCAUGAAAGACAUGGAAACGAUAUAACGGUUGGAGAGGAAGGAGAUGAAUUUGAUGUCUUCAUAACAGAAGAUGCUGAUGAUAUAAUGGUGAAGAUUUACGAUUUUCCACUGGAAAUGGACAACCAGACAAUCAAGGAGAAGAUGGCAAAGUAUGGAAUUGUGAAAAGUAUUCGAAAUGAAAAAUAUGUUGGUGAUGGGCUUUUCAAUGUGGAAACUGGAAUACGAUCAAUGUGGAUAGCCAUGAAAAAGCCAAUCCCGUCGUAUGUGGCGAUCGAAGGGUGUACCUCAUUGGUUACGUAUCCCAAUCAGGUUCGCACCUGUUUAGUUUGUGAAGAACCAGGGCAUGAAAAAAGAGAGUGUCCAAAAAGGCCUCUGAAUCGAAUACACGAAAUCAGAAGACCAAGUGCUCCAGUUGUUAAUGAUAAUGAAGAAAGGCAGCCGGAAAAUAUAGAGUCGCAGUUAGAAAUACCGGAAGAUCAGAUAAAUGAGUCCAAAGUAUUGAACCAAACAGAAGAAGAAGGGAAAGAUGAACGGAACGAGGGAAAGGAGUUAGAAAUGAAUACUUCUUCGGAGGAAGAAGCAGAAAGUGACUCACAUGGUGAUAUAAUUCCACCUACACCAGGGUGUUGGCAGGAAUUUAUGAAGAAAACGGCUGGGAUGAGGAAAAAGAAGCGACAAAAAAUGGGUACUAGCUCUGAAGAGGAAAGGAAAGUGCCAAAGCUAACUAUUAAACUUCCGACAAAAGCUGUAACGAUUUUGACCAACGUCAACGGGAUGAACAUGGAUACUUCUGGGAAUCACGAACGUGGUGAAGAUUCUAAGGAUAGCGAGGAUCUAGGCAGAAACGCAAACCCUGCUGUGACCGUGAUUAAUGCUGUUAAUAAUGAAAACGCCCAGGCAAAUGUAGCUGGUCCAGUGGAAAACGAUUUGAAUACUAUGGUUGGAAACACUAGGCCAAAUGGCGAUUUUAAUGUGCUACGCAUAUUAUACGAUCUUCACAAACCUACGAACAAUGAUGUAGAUUACAUAGACGUACACGAGGAAAUGAAUGGUGGGGAGGUACUCGUACGCGGAUUAUUCCGCAUGCAAGCUAAUGAAGAGAUAGUUGUCAGGCAGCGCUCGAAUAAUGGAAAUAGAGUCGGAAGUCUUAAAGUAUUUGAUGAUGAUGUAAAUGCGACUAGUUAUAGAUUAGGUAACUUUAGGCAGAACGCUGUGUACAUAAUUCGCAGCGUGUAUGGAAGCUAUGAUGAGCCAAUAACUUUAUUUCUAUAUGCAAAAAGUGUCAGUGGGAUUAUUUGUAAGAUUAAUCAAAAUAGAGGCGUCUAUGAUAGAUGGAUUGGUCAUCCUUAUGAUAUCACAAUAGCAAACAUAGAGCGUAUGAUUAACGUAGACGAUGUAAGAUUGAGAGCUAGACGAAGAGGUUUAGCCCUCGGAAAUGUCGCUAGAGAUAUAAAAUGUGUUGGAGAUUGGUUCCUAGCAUGCCUGGAACAACGUUUCGCGAGGGGUUUACGGGGUUUAAACUUGAGAUUAACAUUGGAGCUAUUCGUCCAACUCACCGUUGAGGAGGAGGACGUGGCUUUCAAUGAUAUGAUAGUUGCAGCUGAGAGCUGGAUUGUUCUCGGUACAUGUGACUCCUGUUUAAGAAGACUGCUUAGGGUUAUAAACAUUGAUGGAUAUACGCGUGCUCCCUCGCCUUUCUCUUAUUGGGAAAACAGAGGAAUACGCUCUGUGAGUGUCGAAGAAAAUAGAUUCUAUCGGGUCCAUGAAAGACAUGGAAACGAUAUAACGGUGUUCCUCAAGUUGGUAUCAAACCUGAAGAUGCAGGCAAUCCUGCAGGAGUUUAGUGAUGGGAUAGUCAAAUACGUAGGAGAGGAAGGAGAUGAAUUUGAUGUCUUCAUAACAGAAGAUGCUGAUGAUAUAAUGGUGAAGAUUUACGAUUUUCCACUGGAAAUGGACAACCAGACAAUCAAGGAGAAGAUGUCAAAGUAUGGAAUUGUGAAAAGUAUUCGAAAUGAAAAAUAUGUUGGUGAUGGGCUUUUCAAUGUGGAAACUGGAAUACGAUCAAUGUGGAUAGCCAUGAAAAAACCAAUCCCGUCGUAUGUGGCGACCGAAGGGUGUACCUCAUGGGUUACGUAUCCCAAUCAGGUUCGCACCUGUUUAGUUUGUGAAGAACCAGGGCAUGAAAAAAGAGAGUGUCCAAAAAGGCCUCUGAAUCGAAUACACGGAAUCAGAAGACCAAGUGCUCCAGUUGUUACUGAUAAUGAAGGAAGGCAGCCAGAAAAUAUAGAGUCGCAGUUAGAAAUACCGGAAGAUCAGAUGAAUGAGUCCACAGUAUUGAACCAAACAGAAGAAGGAGGGAAAGAUGAACGGAACGAGGAAAAGGAGAUAGAAUUGAAUACUUCUUCGGAGGAAGAAGCAGAAAGUGACUCACAUGGUGAUAUAAUUCCACCUACACCAGGGUGUUGGCAGGAAUUUAUGAAGAUUACGGCUGGGAUGAGGAAGAAAAAGCGACAAAAAAUGGGUACUAGCUCUGAAGAGGAGAGGAAAGUGCCAAAGCUGAUUAUUAAACUUCCGACAAAAGCUGUAACGAUUUUGACCAACGUCGACGGGAUGAACAUGGAUACUUCUGGGAAUCACGAACGUGGUGAAGAUUCUAAGGAUAGCGGAGAUCCGUUUUUCUGA